AUGUCUUUCAACAACAGCUACGGCGACCAAUUCCAAGGCCAGCCCCAGGGCGACAUGAACAACCAGACCCCGCAGCCCGGCGACAUGGGUCAGCCCAUGGACGCCUCCGGCAACGGCUUCCCUCCCCAGGGCAACAUGGGCCCGCCAGGCAGCGCUGGUGGUGACGGCCAAGGCCAGGGUGCGGGCAAGACGACUCUCUGGAUGGGUGAACUCGAGCCCUGGAUCGACGAGAACUUCGUGCGCAGCAUUUGGUACAACAUGGGCGAGACUGUCAACGUCAAGAUGAUCCGCGACAAGUUCUCCGGCAAUGCUGGAUAUUGCUUCGUCGACUUCGCGAGCCCUGAUGCUGCGUCCAAGGCCCUUAGCCUCAACGGCCAACUCAUCCCCAACUCCAACCGCCCGUUCAAGCUGAACUGGGCCUCUGGCGGUGGUCUUGCUGACAGGAGCCGCGAUGAGCGUGGUCCCGAAUUCAGCAUCUUCGUCGGAGACUUGGGCCCCGAGGUCACUGAGUUCGUCCUCGUACAACUCUUCCAGAACAAGUACCAGUCCACCAAGUCCGCCAAGAUCAUGUCCGACCCUAUUAGUGGUAUGUCGCGCGGCUACGGUUUUGUCCGGUUCGCUAGCGAGGAGGACCAGCAAAAGGCCCUCACUGAGAUGCAAGGCGUCUACUGCGGCAACCGCCCCAUGCGUAUCUCCACUGCCACACCCAAGAACAAGAGCGGUGGUCCCGGAGGUCCCGGCGGAAUGGGCGGCAUGCCUCAAGGCGGCGGCGGCCCCGGCAUGGGCAUGUACUCUAUGGGCGCUCCCCCCAUGGGUGGCUACUACGGUGCACCCCAGCCGAUGAACCAGUUUACUGACCCGAACAACACCACUGUCUUCGUCGGCGGUCUGUCCGGCUACGUCACCGAGGACGAGCUCCGCUCCUUCUUCCAGGGCUUCGGCGAGAUUACAUACGUCAAGAUUCCCCCAGGCAAGGGCUGCGGCUUCGUCCAGUUCGUUCAGCGCCACGCUGCCGAGAUGGCCAUCAACCAAAUGCAAGGCUACCCCAUCGGUAACUCUCGCGUCCGUCUUAGUUGGGGUAGGUCCCAGAACAACUCCGGUCCAGCCGGCACCCCUUACCGCCCUGCACCACCUCCACCAGUUCCCUUCGGCCCAGGUAUGGGUAUGCCCCCGCAACACCCCUACGGCGGUGGCGGUGGCUACGGCCCGAUGAUGAAGGCUGGCCAGCCUUCCCCUUACCCGCCGUCGAUGAACGCAAGCCUCGGUGGUCAGCGACCCGGCAGCCAGAACGCUCCUACGGGCAACCCUGCCGGCCAGAACGGCACUCCCACGUUCAACAACUACCGUUUCACCCCCACCCAGCCCAACGGCCCCAGCAGCCCCGGCUUCGGCUCGCCCGACUUUGGCGGUGCCUUCUCGCAGCAAUUCCCUCCACCGCAGUAA